CAAGGGAGUCAUUUUAGAUCUACAUUUGGCAUUAAAUUGGCUUAUUGUCACCUUAUCUGGCAUCAAGAUCAAGAAGACAUGAGAAGAGGAAAACGGAAAAAGAAGGAAAGGAAAGUUAAUUUGAUCAUGGGCUUGGGCUUUACCCAAAAAAAGCCUUAAAAAACCCAGACUGGUGCGAGUGUUUCGAAGUUGUUAGGAAGAGAUUGAAGUUGAGGCCAAUAAGGGGUUCACUUUAAAGCCACAAGAGCAAUCAUAUAGACUAGGCAAAAAAAGAUUCCUUGCCUUGGACGAGGCCAAGACACAGAACUUAACUGACUUUUAACUGGCACAGAACAGCGAAGAUUUACUGUCUUCGGCCAAAGAUGAAGAAAAAAAUAGUGGUAGAUCUACUAGAAUGCGAAAUGCGAAGGAGAUACAGAGCGAAGAGUUUGAGGCAGGGCCGGCUACUCUUGUGAUAUAUUAUUGUCUGUAGUGAGUAGUAAACAGGAACUUCGGGAAAAGCCGCGGAAAAUCCGGAAAAUGAGAAGGCAGGCGGAUAGGCCAAGCAAUCAUAGUCAAUAGACUUAGCUAGAUUUAGAUUGAAUUCUUAUGAUUUCAAACCUUGCCUACGUACCGUGCGUCUUCAAAAAUAUAUAGACUAGAUCUAGAUCUGCUUUACCUCGUUAGUAUAAUAAACAAUCAACUCUGAUACAUUUCUACCCUUUCAUUUUUACUGGAUUGCUUGGUUACUUUUUUGUUCGGGUUUUGUGCUAAUUCUGACCUCCCUGCUGUGAUAGCAUUUCAGUCAUGGAUAGUAUUCCUCUUGAGAUGGAUGAUAUUUUUGAUGAAGAUGGCCAAGACUUCAAUCCUGCAAGACUUCCUGAUUUGGAGGAUGAGCUUGAGCCAAUGAGAAACAUGAUGCAUGCUUCUGAUAAUGAUGAAGGGGAUGAAGAUGGUGAACAACCUGCAACAGAUGAUCCAGAGUUAUUAGCAAAGUUGAAGAGUAUGAAAGGAGCCUCAAAGCUCACAGCUAAAAGGACAAUGCCCAAAUUAGAUGAAACACGAUUGACUGGUGAGCGUGGAAUUCCUGUCCUUCCUAAAGUUUUUCAAGACAUCCAUCUCAAAGGGAAAAAUCACGAAGUGGAGGAUCUCAAAGCCAUAGUGCGACGACUAGAGCACUGGGGUCAUCGUCUCUUUCCUAAGAUGCCUUUUGCUGAAGUGCUGGAGAGGGUAGAGAGACUUGGGGCCAAGAAAGCUGUCCAGACCUGUGUAAAGAAGAUCCGUCUUGACAUGCUAGAGAUGCCAGAGGACCGUGAGGAUGAAGAUGAUGUGCAGAGAGCAGGCGAUACUCAACAAGAAGUUCAGGUUGAUGAAGAUGAAAUUGAGGAUUUAUUGCGUGAACAAGAGACUUAUGACAGACAACAUGGCCAUUCUGAUGAUGAUGACCCAUUCCACACGACGUUUCAAACAGAGCAGUCUGCAAAGUCUGAAUCAAAUGAACAGGAAAAAACAGUGAUCUCUGAUGAUGUGAAAGCAAGAAUUGAAAGAAACAAGCAACUAGCAAUGGAAAGAAGAGCGGCAAGGCUUGCAAAGACUACAGAUGGUACAAGCAUCACCACAGGGGUUGUGUCUGAUCACAGUAGCAGUUCAGGAACACAGCCUCAACAAAAUGGUCAGCUGUCAUUAAAUGAAGAACCAAGCAACAUGGAUCUUGUGGUUGGAGAUACUUCCUCAAAGAAAGCUGAGAAAGUGGAUGAACAAGAUAAUUCACUGUGUGAUAAUGAUGUUGAUAAUUUAGAAAGGGAACACAGUGAACGAGUGCAAGAUACUUCUGAAACCGAAUUGCAAUCAGAGGGAAGAGAACUUGAGAAACAGACAGAUCAGAGUGUACAGGAUGAGAAUGAUAGUAUUGCUGUAGCGUGAUGUUCUUGACCUUCAGAGUUGCCAGUAAUCUUUUACUAGUGCUUUUGGAAGAGCACCAUUAGUUACAUUGACAGUCUCAGAGGGAAACAACUGUGUUUUGGAAAAGUGCCCUUCAUGUGAUCGGGAGUAGGUGAGCGCUGGGUGAAUUGGCUUUAGUGACCUAAUGAUUAUGACUCUGAACUAAUUUCACCUUCGUUCAGACUGGACUCUCUGUGUCUGCAUCAGGUGACUGUGUCACCUCCUCAUGUCCUUUGACAUAAGCCAGUAAUAACUCCUGUCCCAUUUUGUGUUAUGCAUAUUGGGCUGGGCUCUGGUUCUUUGAUCUUAGCUCUUUAUCUCCGGAGGGGUUUUUCCCCCACUAUGCCCAAGAUCUCUUUUGGUAUGAAACCUGAAAGUGACAUAGGCCUACAUGUCACUAAAUUGGUCCUUAAAUCAAAAGAAAUGAACCUAUUUUGAUAGUUAUUUUUAUCUAAUGCAAGAACUUCCAGUAAAAGAAAUCUGUUUCCGGCAAUUGCUAAAAAUGAAUAUUACGUAGUUGUCGUAAAGGAAUGUGAGCGAACUAAUGCCAGUAGAUCACCGGCACAGCGGUUCAGACUGCAAGCUGCUGUGAGCUGCAUGCCAGAGAUAAGGAGUUUAAUGGCUUUGAUGGAAGUUGACAUUUUUCUUUCCUGGGGUGAAAAGAGUGGGUGGAAAAUUGGGGAAAGUUUAAAAAAGGAUUAAUUUCCCAAUAAAGCCUGUUCUGAAUAAUGAUUUUCCGUCGGAACCUUUUCUCCUCUUUAUAAUUGCCCUUGGAGACUUCCCUUCAGAAUGCCUCUAUGUAUUGAAUCAGUGAUAUAAAAGCAUUAAUUUUUUUUUCCAAUUAGUGCAUACAAUCAAACUUCAGUGUACUGCCAACAUUGGAUAAGCAUGAAGUUUGAGUUAUAAUGGGGUUGGUUGUAUAUAAUAGGGUUCUAAUGCUGUCAUCUGUUUAAUAGCCCUGACUGUCCAACGUCAAGGGAAAUGAUUUUGCUGUGUCAUCUGUGUUAGAAAAGUCGUCUUUUUGUCAGCCAGUUGCAUAGCCGAGUAUUCUGUCUCUCUCUCUCUCUCUCUCUACUCUUUCUUUCUGUGUUUGUGUGUGCACAAAUUCAAAUUAAAAAUAACAUGUACUGCCAAAUUAGAAGCUCUUUGUCAUAUAUAUGCAUGCUGCUUGUGAAAUCCACAAGGCAAGAGUGAAUUGUGCUUGCAAUGCAAAUUACUUAAUUGUCAGAUAACAAUAAAAUAAAAAUUGUUGACAUCAUAA